CCCCAGUUUUUAUCUUGUGGAAGUUCUUACUUUCGUUUUCGUUUUCUACGACUUUUGGAAAAUCUUACAGAAAGUGCCCAAGAUAAUUUCAAACCAUUAUUCGAUUUAAAACAAAUGAAGUUUUAGAACAUCGAAUAGACCAUCAUACUGCAGUUUCUAUAUCUUCUUUUCUGAUGGCAUCGUCACCAGGUGUCCGUGUGUUUGAUGUACCAAAAGAUGCUUCCCAAAGAGAUAUCAAAGUUUAUUUCAGUAACCCGCGGAAUGGAGGGGCUAAAAUCACCAGAAUCUAUUAUCCUCUACAGGGAAACGAUGCAGUGGUUUUGUUUGAGCGUGAGAAAGUUAAUCCAAAAAUAUUUCAAAUGGACCAUGUGUUAAGAGGACGAAACCUAAGGGUCCGACCUUUACAAAGACAGGUUUUCUCCAAGGUGACUGUAGAACUAGGAAAAGAAAUUACUUCGUUACUUGACAAUGAUCCAAAGUAUCUAGAUGACAUUCAGUAUGAUGGCGAGUUGGAGGUGAUUGCAGAAGACAAUUACACUAUAACCGGUGAUUGGUACCAGAUAGAGUGGGCGUGGCAAUACUUGGAUGAUGUAUGUAACAAAAGUGAUGACACAGUUGAAGUCAUACCGAAUGGCAUUGACCAACAUGCACCUGAAACGCUACGGGGAAACAGCGAUGACAGUGUUAUUUUGGGGGCCACAUCCAUUAAAAGUGAGGAUGACGUACCGCUCUUACAAUACCCACAUCAUACGGAACAGGCGUCCGGUUUCCAGCCUUACUGGAAGGAUUCAGACGAGAGACACAGUUCUGAUUCACGUUUUCUUGAUCCAUUCGCUUUUGAUGAUGACGAGUCUGGUUUUAACUUGUUAACUAGAGGCUUAGACAUGCCACACACUGGUUUUCCAUGGUUAGAAAACAACCUUGGCAGGAAACAGCAAACAGGUUAUAAUGUUUCCCGUCAAGACUUCCAAGACGUGCCAUUGACAUACGAAUUUAACGUUUCUUCUUUGAAAAUAUCCGUGUUGAUGAACGAUCUUCUACAAGAGACAACCGAUGCCAUUGUAACGUCUGCAUCCGGCGACCUGUCAGCACAGUAUGGUAUAUCCAGAGUUAUUGCUCAUUCAGCGGAUCCAAAGCUAAGGAGUGAAUGUCGCGAGUAUAUUGAUAGGCAUGGUCAACUCAGUGUUGGAGAUGUCAUGCAUACAAGUGCAGGUGGGGCCUUCGAUAAAAAGGUUGGAUUUGUUAUCCAUGCUGUUGGACCUUCGUGGCGAGAAUACAGAAACGAGGAAUCAGUCCAUAUGUUAACAUGUACCUAUCUCAAUAUCUUCCAGUAUUCUAGUAGUAACAUGUGGCUGACAAAUAUUGCAAUGCCUCUUAUUGGUGCAGGUGGUGUGGGGUUCCCAUUAGAUGUUUGUGUGCAGGCGUUCUAUGAUGCAUUGCUUUUAUUUGUCAUGGAUCCAGAAAACCUUAGCCACUUACAAGAAAUACAUCUUGUUAGUAAUGAUGAAGACAGCACGUGUUCAACUAUUGUAGUUUUGCGAUCCCUGUUAGAUAUUGACCAAAUAUCUACACAGGAAGCUGCGAAAGAUCGGUAUCUGAAGCGGACAGCCGAGUUUGGAUUUAAGGCGAAAAAUUUAAUUAUUGACAGAGAAGAAGAAUUGUUGGGUGUAAAGGAUGAAGGUUUAAAAAGUAACGAACCGGAAGGAAAGCAACCCAUACCUGAGGUAAAACACAGUGGUUAUUUGAAGGAAGUCGAACCAGUCCUGGAAUUAACCGAUGGCGAAACGAUCUCGCUCUCACCCAAGGAAACCACUGUCUCUUUCACAAAAUCGGUUAGCAGUAAUCCAGACAUACUGCGGUCGACUGAACCCGUCACAGAAACAAUUAAAGAAUGGGAUGACACAGAAAAAACAUCUGCAGUCCCCCAAGCUGUAACUGUAAUAGACUCGUCCAGUUCAGACGAAUCCAUUCCGUUUGGAAUGAUUGAUUCCGACGAAGAUGAUACGAUCCCAAAAAAAAACUUAGUCUUGUUGUCAGAAGAUAAACAUCAAUCUCCUGAUGAUACGUACUACAGUGGUAGCUUCUCUGAGAAACACGCUGCAAGCGACCGAGAUACAAAGAUCACAAGCAAUCAAGAUACAAAGAUCACAAGCAGUCAAGAUACAAAGGAAUUAAACACGUCAUUAAACACGCAAAGAGAUACCAGUCUUGACAAAUCAAUUCAAGAGGAAGGCAACGACAGUUCGCUGACCUUUGACAUCAGUGAUUCAAAAGAAGUUAAUGGUUCUAUGGAAGAUGAAAUGCAGAAAUCAAAAGACAUGCCACUUAGUUCAAGGGAUGAAAUAUCAAGUGUAUCACUUCUUUCAACGUCAAAAAAAGGCCGUUAUGACGUGUCUAAAAAAAUGUCGAUGGACAAUGGAAUUGAUGAACAUUACGCAAAAACACAGAUUUCUACAGAGAAUGGAGAUUUGCAUGAAAACAACAGUGACAAGAAUGAAAAUUCAACGAAGACGAAAGAUCUGAGUCCUGAUGUGUAUGUUUUGAAAGUUGACAACGAGAAUACACCCGUGGAUAUCACCGACACAUAGAGAAGGAAAAAUGUAAUCUUAACACAAAUUAUUGUCAUAGCCCUACAUAUUAUGAUUUUUGUUCGGUUAUUGAUAAUAUUACGUCACUAUUUAAUGUCAAAUUACAUGUAUGACAUUCUUAAAAAUAUUCAAAUUUAGUUUUACCCACGUUUAACCAUGAUUUCGAAAAGUGAAACCGACGGCAUUUAAAACAAAAUUGACAGUAAGCAAACAGCAAAGGAUAUCAAGGACAAUUAAAAAAAAUGAAAAUUACAAAAUAAUUUACUUGACGUCAAUUUUGUGCGCGUCCAAGUAAAAUUAUAUGCAUUUCUGGUUAUGUAAAUAUAUAAUUGAACACGUGAUUUAUCUUUGAUGAAAGUAUAUAUCCUUACAUGUACACAAUGUGUGAAAUGAGUUGCUUCAACUUAAAAUAUAUUUUAUGCAGGAAAAGGGUUAAACAUUAAAAUAUGGUCACAAUUCUGAAGUAGCUAGAUAUAUAUAAUGCAAACCAUCUUAGUGCUUACGAUUUGUUGUGAAUCAGGUAUGAUGAUACAUUAUCAUAAUCCCACGCUACGAAGAAGCUUGGAAUAUCGUUUUAGCUCGUCCGUAAUUAAUUUUCGUCUACGGAUGCUAACUCAAAUACUUUAUUACGGAUUGCAUCAGACUUUGAUAAAUGGUCACGUAUAAUUAGAUGCAAAUUCCAACUGAUUUGAUAUCAAUAUCUCAAAGGUCAUGGUCGAAGUCACUCAAAAUGGAUUAAACUUUGAGCAAAAAGUGUUUUCCAGAUGCUUACUCAUAUCGGAUUGUAACCUUGAUGGAUAUAUGGUCACAUUAAUGAGCGGGUGAUCCCUGUAGAUGUUGAUGUUUACACCAGAAAGGUCAAGGUCAAUAUAUAUAAAAAGAUAAAAAUUUGUGCAAACGCUGCUUCCGAAUUCUAAUCAAAUACUACACAUGGGGAUUACAACGUUACUUGGAUCACAUAAAGGAAGAUCCCUUUUGAUUUUUAGGUCACUAUGUCUAAGGUCAAGGUCAAAGUUAAUUAAACAGAAAAGACUCGUACCCUAAAGUAUUUAAAACAUAAAAAAAGUAAGCCAUCAGGUCACUUUAAGCUUACCCCUCUUUAUAUGGGGACGUAGGGUAUGUGAGCUGUCUCACUAAAGGAUUUUUAAUUAGAAGUAUCAUUGAUAAUUUCCUGGUUGUUUCAAGUUUUUAAAGCUUAAAAAUGUCUGCAUUUGCUCCCAAGUCGAAAAUUUUGAUAAACAUCAUAGCCGAUAUAUGAUCAACAUAGAACGAAAGGUUAAAAUGUAAGCAUGGUUUAAUACCUUUAAUACCAUAAUAGAUGAGACCGACGUGAAACUGUUCAGAUUGUCAAGAUAGUUUACGUACUUUCUAUUUCUACCAAAAUGAUCAGAUGACUCCUGAUAGUUUGUUGUGUCAUUGCAAAAUUCAUGUUGGGUUAAUACGAACGUUUUUGGAGGAAAACCCAAAUAACACUUUCAACAAGUUCAGUAUUUAUGUUUUUGUGAAUGAAUGUUGUGUCUACAAAUAAACAUUAGGAACGAUACAUCAUACGAACAUUCUACAAUAAGAUUUGGAAUAUUUAGUUGUACGGGUCCAAAUGGCCGACAAUUACACUUUUGAACGAUACACCAAAUCAAUAUGUUUUAUUUCCCUCUUUGUGAUUGAUUUUAGGAAUAUAACUAUAUAUGUAUGUUGCUUUUGCUAUACACUUAUCGUUUCCUUGAAUGCUUUAGUCGCAUCAUACUGUGCUUGAUGUAACCUUUUAUUUAAGUACAUUUAAUGUAAAUAAAUGCAGUUUUCAUCAUCUCAGCAUAAAAAAAUAUAUGGAAAUGACUUUUUAAGACUUAAAUUUAUAUGUAUAUGCUGUAACUUGUAAAUAUAAACGUGCAUUUCUGUAGCUUAUUGUUUUCACUUUGAAGUGUUACAAAACAAUUUAAUGAAUAAACUAGUCCUAUAUAUGUAA